UUCAUUUUACUUUGAUUCAAAUCAAAGGAGCCAAGUUGACGGAAACCCGGAAGGUCAAAGUGUGCUGGAGUGGGCGAUGCGCUGAUGUCGACGACCUUGACAUGGGAACGAUUGUAUAUUCAAUAGCAUCCAGAACAUACGGACAAGGCGUUGGAAAUACAAGAUUCGUCUUCCCCCCCCUGUGUUCCGAGUCGUUCUGGGCGGACUGCAGCAUCUCCGCCAUGACCUACUUCUGAAUAUGAAUAUGAAUAGCAUUGCUGUCACGUUACUCGGUUGCCCAGCAUGAGGAAUCUCUCAUGGACCCCACCCUUGCUGGUACGGUCCAGCAUGUUAUGAACCGGCAUUCCCCGAGCAAGUUCCUCCAGGUCUCCUUGCAUUGUUCUCAGUUGUUUCCGUCACCCUGCCUCCGUUGCUCUGUUGCCUCUACCGUUUGUUCGAAUUUGACACUCGCUUCCGUGUCCUUCUUUCUUACGACAUACUGUGCUGAAUGGACCCAUUCGUCAGAGUGGCCCUUUUUUGUUUCGCAGAGUAUCCCUGGAGAGUGUACACCCAUUGAAUUCAUUACAGCGUUUCCUAUUCAGAUAGCCAUCAGUACAACAUCCGCCAGGAUUCGUAUCCAACAUUUGGUUCUCCCUGACGACUCCCAAAUCGGCCUUUCUGGUCGAUUUCCAUUCGCUUCAUCAUGUCAUUUUAUACGCUCAUGCCAUGUUCCUACAAAUGCACGCUCAUUUCAGCAUUCUCCAUUUACUGCUGAUCGCGAUUGCAAUGGGUUCGUAUUGGUCAGGGUCCGAUGCUCACUUCCUGAGCGCCGCCUCGACAGCCACACCAUUGUUUGGGUGGUCUGCAACCGCUCGCAGUUUCAUGUGUCUCUGCCGAUGAGGAUAGCCGAUUCUCUCGCCACAAUCUCAUUUGUUUCUGCUCCUGUUUGGUUUGUUGAAUGUAUGCGUUGCGUCUUGGCUGUGAUAUUCACCCAAAAUGUGACAUUAUAUGGCUUACGCCCUCAUAAAAUACCGAUGCCUUGCCUUCGAUGACCGCACAGUAGACACACCCACGCACUGCGGCUUUAGAAGCCCGCAAAUCAAUGCUUGCCAAAAAGAAACCAUUUAUGUCAUAAACUUUGAUAACUAUCAUACAAAAAUAACGUUGAUUUCAAAUCCAAAAUUGAAAAUCCGGUGCUAUCCCAUCGGAAUGGCGAUGUGUCGCACUGUUCUGCCUAAAUUUUGAAUGACCAAAUCUCAAUGGCGACAACAAUAAACUCGGAUUUCGCUGAGAGUUGAGCGUUCUUGAAGGUGUCGCAAGGUUCGCUGUGUCCGUUGUAAAGAUCAUCGGAUAUCCAGAGACCAAAUCGACCUUGGCUGUUGU